CCGCCAGACGCAGGACGAGGACCUGGCGGAGCUGCGCUCGCGGCCCAAGCCAGGCAGGCCGGCGAGCUUCGAAUCGACCUCGACCCCCGAUGAUACCCCGUCGAUCCAGGGCUCCGUCGUCUCCUCGCCCCGCAGCAGCGUCGCCUACUCGUACAACUCGCCGCGCGCAAACCGCCCCGCUCUGCAGCCCUUCGAGCGCCGCUUCUCCUCGCGCCUGUCGCCCUCGCCGCUUGCGACCCCCGCGUGGAGCCUCUCCCGCCUUUCUGUCCGCCCACUCGCGCCAGUCCUCGGUGUCCAGCCACCUGCUCUUCCAGCAGCAGCCCGACGAGGCAGACACGCCGCAGCCGCCAUGGGAGGUCGUGCGCUGGACGAAGCUGAAGAUCAUCACGGGCCAGGUCUUCUCCGAGGUAGGGAAGCGCAACUUCGGCCGCCCGACGUGUUUGAACGUGGCUGCGUCGCUGGUCAUCGGCACGUCCAAGGGCUUCAUCCUGGUCUUUGACUACCAGCAGGUCUUGAAGUCCAUCAUUGGGCCAGGCACAAAGGCCGUUGAGUGUGGUGCCAUCACGGCCCUCGCCAUCUCGGCGGACCACUCAACCAUCGUGGGUGGCCACGCUACGGGCCACAUCUUCACCUGGGAGUUGGCGAAACCCGCAAAGCCCUUCCUGCACAUCCCUCCACUAGACCGCGCCAGCCUGGACGACAGAAAGCUUGACGGUCACGUCUCAGGCGUAGCCAUCCUUCAUCUCGGCUUUCUGGGCACGAGGCACACAGCGCUUGUCUCUGCGGACGACGGUGGUAUGGCUUUCUCCCACUUGGCCACCCGGGGGCUCGGCGCGCUCGCAAGGAAUGUCAAGAUCACUCGAAUUCUAGGCAGAUACCCCCUCACAGCCAAGUCGCACGAGAAGCCUAGGAAACCCAGCUCCGUUCUAGCUUUUGCCCCUCUGCCCCUGGGUAACGUCGAGCAGCCGACUGAUGUGAUGGGUCUGACUGCACUACUCACCCCAUAUCUGCUCGUCAUCGUAUCGACGACACCCGUCGCGCAGACACAGCACAAGGCGCCACGACCGAAAGAAGUCGCGCUACACAGCGCGAUGAGUGGAUGUUUGGCGUGGUUCCCCGCUGUGAAGCUGAAGCAUGCCACCGGCGACCCUGCGAGGGCUGUCUCCAAGGCAAAACUGGUCUACUGCUGGUCGAACGUCCUCACCAUACUGGAUGUCACCAGCUUUGUUGCGCCUCCUACUGAGAAAGAGAAGCCCACAGAAUUGCAGUUCAAACCACGGAGUCGUUGGAAGGCCGACGAGGCUAUCGUUGCGGUGCAGUGGCUGAGCAGAUCGGUGCUCGGCGUGCUGACCAUCAGUCAACGGCUUCUUAUUCUUGAAGACACCACGCUGCGGACAACAGACUCGUUUGAUCUGCUGCAGAAGCACAUAUAUCAUUCUGACCUGUUCUCACGGCAGCUGCGCCCCGUCGUGGAGCAGCAUGACGAGGAAGACGCGUCUCUGCACGGCGUUGUCGCUGAUGCUUUCUACAUGAGCUUCAGAGCCUACAAGGGGCGGCUGUUCCUGCUCGGCUUCAAUGAUGUCUCUAUUGGCACACUGUCAAACUGGGCAGACCGACUCCUGGCGCUCAUGGAGGAGGGCGAUUUCAUCGCUGCGAUUGGACUUGCGACCUCCUACUAUGUCGGUGACGCUGACAAGCUCACUGUUGGGCUGCCAGAAGACGACAAAGCGCGACACACUCUCGUGCGAGAGAAGUUGCUUGAGAUGAUAUCUGCAUCGCUCAAGUACGCUUUUGCACAGAACGAUGAGAGUGAGGACAUAAAGGAAGCGCGCCUGAAGGAGCUCGCCGAGGUCUGCUUCACAGCACUCUUCAGCAUGAAGGAGCUCGACUUCCUAUUCGAAGACGUGUACGAGGCUUUCGAGGAAGCCUCUACUGGGAAGCCGUUCUUCGAGACAUUGGAGCCUUAUAUCAUCGACGGCGAGAUAGAGGAAGUGCCGCCGGAUGUGCUCAAGGAUCUGAUCACGUUCUACGCUUCCGUGGGUCGCGGGCCUCAAGUCGAGGAGAUGAUCUGUCGUCUCAGCACUGAGACGCUUGACAUCAACGAAGUCACCACCAUCUGUCAGCAAUACAUGCUGUACGACGCACUGAUCCACGUCUGGACCCAGACCAUCGGCGACUUCAUCACCCCACUUACGAGCAUCCUGGAUCUUAUCAAGCUGAUCGACUUCAGUCUGGACGAUUCCGACAACAUUCUUGUCGUCUCAGCCAGGAAGAUCUUCCCCUACCUGUCGUACACAUUCACUGGACGCUUCUACCCCGGUGGAGCUUUCAUGAACGAUGAACAAGCAUACAGCGCCAAGAAAGACAUGUACAGGUUCCUGUUCUCUAGCAAGAACCUGCGCUGGCCUCCGAACUCGGGGCCUGAACGCCUCAUCCGAAACGACAACAGCCCUGAACCGUCAUUCCCAUACCUACACCUCAUACUCGAAUUCGAUGCCUCGAGCUUCAUGAGCAUGCUCAAUGAGGCUUUUGAGGACGGCUUUCUGAACGGCGAUGCUGAAAGCUCGAACGGCACCCAGACAAAUGGGAAGACGCUCACGCCGACCCGUCAGUAUAUCGUCAACAUACUGCUCGGCAUCAUGACCCCCGAAGAGUUCAGCGCCGAGGAGGUCAUAUACUUCUACAUGUUCAUCGCACGAAACCUGCCAAAAUACCCGCAGUACAUCAUGCUCCCUGGAAGCUCACUCCACCAGAUCCUCAUCGGUCUGUGCAACUACCCAACAGAGGUCGUGAAGGAGGACUGUCAGCUGUCUGUCGAGUACUUGCUCACAAUAUACCACCCACCAAAUCUGCAAAGCUUGGUGCCGACGUUCGAGACUGCUGGUUUCCACCGCGUGUUGAAGUCGGUUUACCGCGGUGCCCAGCAGUACGCGAAGCUGGUGGAGACGUAUCUGGUAGACAGUGAGGACGAGGAGGCAGUGUUUGGCUGUAUCAGCGACAUACUAAGGCCUAGCAAGGGCCUGGCCAAGAAGCAGAUUAGUGAGGUUAAGCGGGUCAUUGUUGAUCGCGCAGCGGACCUCGUCGCAGUCGAUGCUGAGCAGACGGCCGUCACCCUGAAGGCAUUUGCACCCGACUUACUCGAGCCUGUUCUGGGCGCUGUUGAGGACGAGCGCGACGCGCAGUACCACUAUCUCAAGGCUCUUAUCGAGCCCGAGCAGAUCCAGACUGGUGAAGCUGCGACGAUUGACGAGAGCCUGCCGUCUGGGUUCGUCGAGCAGUACGUCCAGCUCAUGUGCACGUAUAACAGCAGCCAUGUCGCAGACUUUGUUGGCCUUCUCAAGUCUGGCGAUCUGAAGCUCGAUCCCGUGCUGCCUGCGUUGGAGAAGAGCGGCGUCAUCGACGCGGCAGUCGUGCUGCUGGCACGCGAUGGUCUGGUCAAAGAUGCCAUGGACCGUCUCGUCAAGCAUCUCGGCACCCUCGAGACUGCACUGACUGGACUCAUCGCCGCUGCGGGAGACAGCCCGGAUGUCGCCAACGCCGAGGAAACCGCACAGCACUUGCUGGAGGACAUCCAGAAGUACGUCAAAGUGGGAAUCUGGCUGAGCCAAGGCCAGACGAAGCUCGCUCCACCGCCGGCGCCCGUCGCCAACAAGCGAAAAUCCGCAUACAGCGAGGUCAACGAGGAGGACCUCGACCUCCACGAAUUCCUCUGGCUGGACCUGAUCACCGCCGCCGUCAAGCUGCUCCAGGAAACCUCCACCGCCAUCACCACCCACCCCUCCGAAACCCUCAACACCGCAACCAUCACCUCGCACCUCCGCGACUCCAUCCAGCAAACCUUCUCCGCCCUACUAACCUCCACCACCGCCGCCCCUCCCAAGCCCCCACCCUCUCCCUCCCACGCUCCAACAACCACCCCCCACCGCCCCCCACCCUCCAACCCUGCCUUCCCCCGCAUCCUCACCGCCUUCCUAACCCGCGCCUCCGCCGACUCCCCCACCCUAUCCCACCUCCGCGAAUCCCUAUCCCACAUCUUCGCCACCUACGCCUUCGAAGCCCACAUCCUCGCCGUCGCCAACAGCUUUCUCGCGAAAGAAUCCUUCGCGCACGGCGCCGCGCUCGCAGCGCGCCGCGCGCAGGGCUGGCGCCCGCGGGGUCCCGGGUGCGAGGGCUGCGGUGCGCGCGCGUGGGGGCCCGGUGUGGGGAGGGGCGUGUGGGACGCUUGGGUGAAAGGCGAAGAGGGAAGGGUGAAGCGGCGCGAGGAGGAGGUGGAUGAGCGGGCGGGGUGGGAUCGCAGGGGCAGCUGGAAGGGGAAGGGGCGGAGUGCGAGUCAGAGUGAAGAUGAGGGGGAGGGGGAGGAGAAGGAGAAAGGCGAUUUGGUGGUUUUUGCGUGCAGGCAUUUGUGGCAUCGGAGGUGUGUGGAGAAGGAGGGCGGGGAGGGGGGGUUGAGGUGUUUGGUUUGUGUUGAGGGAGAUGGGGGUGUGGGGACGUCGUGACGAGUGUGUAAGGAUGGGUGGGGGGUCAUACGUGGUGCGUAGAUCUUUGUGGCUUAAGAUAGUGUUCAUCGUGUAAGGACGUACUCGAGCAUAUUGGGAUGGGGGCGUGCAGCUGAGAUGUGCUGGAACUUGGAGACUUUGCCGUACAACAAUUCCAGGUCCACGGUGCGCUUACAAGACAUUCUGAUAAU